CGACACCACCUGAGCCGACAGAGAAAAUCAACCUGCCAGCUACUGUAUUGAUGUUUGUACAACAACAUGAUGUGUGUACAGCAGACGGUUGCGUGUACGGCAACGAUAAUUCCCCAUGGCUUAGACUGAUGUGUGUGCAGAAAAUUAACAUUAAUACGUAAGAGACAAGCAAACCAAUGGAGAGCUACAUAUAUUAUACCCACUUGCAAAACUUUGUACGUGUGGAUGUUUUGGACUGCAGUAGUAACAAC